CCCGUGGGCAAAGGGGGAGGGUGGAGUGUUGCCAGUGUCCAGGCGAGGACCGUCCCUGGUCUUUCCCUUUAGCGGGGCCUCCAGACAGGGCUGGCAGCUCCAGUCGGCAUGGAGGGGCCCCAGAUCAUCACCCGGAUCUUCCUGCUCCUGUUGCUGUUCAUGCUGCCCCUGGGUCCAGCAUGGCACGCAGCUGCCCAGCGAUGCCCACAGACCUGUGUCUGUGACAACUCCAGGCGGCACGUUAUCUGCCGGCACCAGAACCUCACUGAGGUGCCCAACAACAUCCCCGAGCUGACCCAGAGGUUGGACCUCCAGGGCAAUAUGCUGAAGGUCAUCCCUCCAGCCGCCUUCCAGGACCUGCCUCACCUCACGCAUCUCAACCUGCAGCACUGCCAGGUGGAGCUGGUGGCCGAGGGUGCCUUCCGAGGCCUGGGCCGCCUGCUUCUCCUCAACCUGGCCGCCAACCGCCUGAGCACGCUGCCCCAGGAGGCGCUGGACGGGCUGCGCUCGCUGAGGCGGUUGGAGCUGGAGCGGAACACGCUGGAGGAGCUGCGGCCGGGGACGUUCGGCGCCCUGGGCUCGCUGGCCACCCUCAACUUGGCCCACAACGCCUUGGUCUACCUGCCUGCCAUGGCCUUCCAGGGGCUGCUGCGCACUCGCUGGCUGCAGCUGUCCCACAACGCGCUCAGCGUGCUGGCCCCCGAGGCCCUGGCCGGCCUGCCCGCGCUGCGCCGCCUCAGCCUGCAGCACAACGAGCUGCAGGCCCUGCCCGGGGCCGCCCUGUCCCAGGCCCGCAGCCUGGCGCGCCUGGAGCUGGGUCACAACCCGCUCACCUACACGGGCGAGGAGGACGGCCUGACGCUGGCCGGCCUGCGGGAGCUGGCCCUGGACCACGGGGCCCUGCAGGCGCUGGGUCCCCGGGCCUUCGCCCACUGCCCGCGCCUGCACACCCUCGACCUCCGCGGGAACCAGCUGAGCACCCUGCCCCCGCUGCAGGGCCCGGGCCAGCUGCGCCGGCUGCGGCUGCAGGGCAACCCGCUGUGGUGCGCCUGCCACGCGCGACCCCUGCUCGAGUGGCUGGUGCGCGCUCGAGUGCGCUCGGACGGCGCGUGCCGAGGGCCGAGGCGCCUGCGGGGCGAGGCCCUGGAUGCGCUGAGGCCUUCGGAUCUGCGCUGCCCGGGAGACCCGGCGGGGGACGAGGACGAGGAGCUGCCGCCCGGUCCCCGCGCCCCUCCUCGCCGCCCCGAGCACGAAGAGACCACGGGGGGCACGCCCUGCCCUCCCACUUGUGUGUGCGGCGGCGAGACGCGGCACAGCGCUUGCGACGGCCGGGGACUGCAGGCAGUGCCCCGGGCUUUCCCCAAUGACACAGUGCUCUUGGACCUGAGGCGAAAUCACUUCCCCUCCGUGCCACGCGCGGCCUUCCCGGGCCUGCGUCACCUGGUGUCGCUGCACCUGCAGCACUGCGGCAUCGCGGAGCUGGAGCCGGGCGCCUUGGCGGGCCUGGAUAGCCUGGUCUACCUCUACCUCUCCGACAACCAGCUCUCGGGCCUGAGCGCUGCAGCCCUGGAAGGGGCCCCCCAACUCGGCUACCUGUACCUGGAGCACAACCGCUUCCUGAGGGUCCCGGGGCCUGCACUGCGCGCCCUACCCAGCCUCUUCUCGCUACACCUUCAGGACAACGCGGUGGACCGCCUGGCCCCCGGGGAUCUGUCAGGGGCGCGGGCUUUGCGCUGCCUUUAUCUGAGUGGCAAUCACAUCUCCCAGGUUUCACCUGGAGCGCUCGGGGCAGCUCGGGAGCUGGAGAAGCUGUACCUUGACAGGAACCAGCUGCGAGAGGUGCCCACCAGCGCCUUGGAGGGACUGCCUGCCCUCAAGGAGCUGCAGCUCUCGGGGAACCCACUGAGGGCUCUGCAAGAUGGGGCCUUUCAGCCUGUGGGAAGGUCGCUGCAACAGCUUUUUCUGAACAACAGUGGCCUGGAGCAGAUUUCUCCAGGGGCCUUCUCGGGCCUGGGAACGGGGCUCCGGAACCUGCACCUGCAGAAGAACCAACUCCAGUCCCUGCCUGCACCUCUGUGGCUCAGCGGGCUGGAGCUCCUCGACCUCAGCGGCAAUCCCUUCCACUGCGGCUGCCAGCUGCUCCCACUGCACAGGUGGCUCACUGGACUGAACCUGCGGGUGGGGGCCACCUGUGCCACCCCUCCCAGUGUCCGAGGUCAGAAGGUGAAGGUUGCCACUGCAAUCUUUGAAGCCUGUCCAGGCUGGACUGCCGGGAAGGCCAAGAGGACACCAACCUCCAGGGUCAGUGCCGGAAGAAGCACCACACACAGAAGACAUGGAGGAACGGACAAGGUUGGCCCUUAGGUGGGAGGCAGGGAAGAUGAGCCCUGACCGGUGACCCA